AUGGUCGCCGCCGCGGCCCUGCUGGCCCUGGCGUCGCUCGCCGGGGCCGCGCCGACCUACGUGACCAUCCCGCCGCAGCGCUGCGGCCUGCAGAACGUGCCGCACGAUCCGGGCCGGUCGACGCGCAUCGCCGUGGCCCUCUUCGGCCUCGUGCGCCACAACUGCACCAUGGCCAACUUCGAGCGGUUCCUCGUCGCGCCGCUCCUCGCGCACCGGGGCCACCAGUACACGAUGGACGUCUUCCUCCACGCCAACGUCGUCGCGAAGAUCACGAACGCGCGGACGAACGAGGACCACGAGGUCCUGCCGGGCUACGUCGACUGGGCGCGCUUCGCGCCGUGCCGCUACACGCUCGAGGACCAGGACGUGCUCGACAUCAAGCUCGCGCGGCUGCGGCGGCGCGUCGUCGAGCACGGCAAGGACUUUUACGGCGACAACGGCGACUCGAUCAAGAACCUGCUCCGCGCGCUCUACUCGCUCAAGCAGUCCGCGCACCUCGUCGAGGCGCGCGAGCUCGAGCUCCAGCGGCGCUACCACACGGUCGUGUCCGUGCGCGUCGACACGAUCUUCACGCGCGAGGUGCCCGGCGCCAUCUACGAGUACGUGCGCCGGAGCCCCGUCGCGAAGCUCUUCAUCCCGCACUUCGGGUGCUCGAUCAACGGCGACCUGCUCAUGAACGACCGCUUCGCCAUGGGCCAGCGCGACGCCAUGGUCGACGCCUACCUCACGCGCGUCGACACCAUCGCCAACUACUCCGGCGCGACGGACGGCAGCCGCCACGGCGGCCUCACGGGCGAGCGGCACCUCCUCAACACGCUCCAGAUCCACAACGUCGCCGUCGCGCGCAUGUACGAGUUCUGCCUGCGGCGCGUCCGCGCGGGCGGCCGCAUCUGGCUCAAGCUCUUCCAGCCCCUCGACGACCACCAGUGCCCCCUCGAGCUCGUCGACCACUGCGGCCAGGAGUGCAUGCGCGACCAGCCGCGCUGCGACGUCGGCGUCGGCUGCUACCAGCGCGGCGUCCACCGCCAGUCGCGCCUCUUCGACGGCACGGACUGGUGCAACAACCCGCGCAAGGACUACGCCUGCAAGUACGACUUCAAGAAGCUCGGCUUCCUCUCCUUCUCCAAGGAGUACCGGCCCUACACGGACUUCAUGUACGACCGUAAAAACCGACGAUCUAGCGCGCCGCGACGUUUAGAGCUGCCCCGCCAGCCAAUUAUGGUCAACACGCCGCGCCAGAAGGCCUACGCCAUGGGGGGCAAGCGGCAUUCGCACGACCACGAGGGCAUCGGCGUGCAGCAGUCGAGCGUCGGCGCCCUCAUCGGCAAGAGCGACGCGGCGAUGAAGAAGCGCCUGGGCAUCAGCGACGCCGACGAGGCGCGCCGGACCGUCGAGACUUUGGCGGCCUGCGGCGGCGUGAGCGCGCUCGCGGCGGCCUGCGGGUCGAGCGUCGGCGACUUUGGGUCCGGCCUCUGGACGGGCGACGACGUCGCGCGCGCGUGCGGCGCCGUGCUGGAAGCGAACGGCAGGGCCGCGCCGAGCCGCGGCGCGCUCGAGUUCCUCUUCCGGGCCGCGCGCACGGGCGGCGCCCACGCCGGGUCCCGCGCCGCGGCGACGCCCCUCGACGGCCUCGUGCUGGCCCGGGCCUUCCGGGCCGCGGCCGCGCCGGCCGUCGUCCGCGCGCUCGAAAACGCGUUCGACGCGAAGUUCCCGGGCGGCGCCGCGCCGGCGCCGGCGCUCGGCGCCCUCGUCAACGGCGCCAUGCCGCCGGCGUUCCUCGACUGCUUCCGCGUCGAGGGCGGCGCCGUGUCGCGCGAGGCCUGGGUCGACGGCCACGUGGACCACUGCCGGGGCGUCCGCGGCUUCCCGGACGCGCCCGGCGACUACGACGAGCUGCUCGCGGCCGCGUGGCACGCGGCGCCGCCGCCGCCGCCGCGCGCCGUAGUCAAGGGCCCGGCGGGCACGUCCCUCGCCGCGGCGCUCGGCGCCGCGCGGCCCGCCGCGGCCGGGGGCCCGAAGCCGCUCUCGGCCGCGGUCCGCGACGCCAAAGCCGCCAGGGACGGCCUCGAGCCCCGCGGCGCCGCGGCCCACGUCGCCGCCGGCGCGCCGCCCCACACGUCCCUCAAGCGGAACGUCGUCCUCUUCUCCGCCGUACCAGGCGCGAGCGUCAAAGACGCGCUCGCGCCGCCCGACGACGCGUCUGGGAGGGCGCCGCCGCGGCCGCGCGCGCGCGCGCUCGCCGUCGACGUCGAGGUGACUUUGGACGCCAUGCGCCUGGCGCUGACGCAGGGCACCGUCGAGUCGGGCCUGGCGGUCUUGGCGGCCCUCAAGCGCCGCUGCGCGGCGCAUGCCCGGGGGCUCGCGCUCGGCGACUUCCGCGCGGCCGUCGCGGCCGUCUUCGCGGGCCGGAGCCGGCCGCCGGACGCGUCGCUCCGCGUCCUCUUCGACGCGCUCUCCGCGGCGCCGCCGGGCGCCCACCUCAGCGACGCGCGCGUCGUCGCGCCGGCGGCCCUCGCGGACGCGCUCCGCGCGGACAAGCGGCCCGCGCGGCCGCGCGCGGCGCUCGCGGACGCCGCGCUCGCGGCCCUCGGCGGGCCGGCGAGCGUCGGCGCGCUCCUGGCGAACUACGCGGCGUCGAAGCACCCCCUGGUCCUCGCGCGGGCGCUGCCCGCGCCAAAAGCCGCGGACCUCUUCCGCGAGUCGCUCGCGGCCGCGGCGGCGCUCGACGCGCGCGCGGACGUGUCGCGGCGCGCGUUCCUCGACGCCUGCGCGGACCUGUCCUACUGCUGCGGCGACGGGCCCGACGGCGACGCCAAGUAUGCGUUGCGCCUCGGACCGCCCUGCGGCGCGGCGACGGCGGCCCCGGCGCCGCGACGGCGGCUCGCGGUGUGCGUCACGGGCCGCGACGGCGAACGGUCGAUCGCCUACGUCGACGACGACGGCGACGCGGAUUUCCCGGACGAGCCCUGGACGGAGGCGCGCCUCUUCCAGGCGCUGGGCGCGCGGCUGUGUGGAUUCCAACCACUGGUUUGGGUGGUCCUGACCAAACUUGAGAAUUCUCUAGCUCGGUCACAUCGAAGUCGAUUCGGCUGA